CCUUGAAGAUGUUGGCACCAGCCUCUACUUUGUAAAUGACUCCUUGCAGCAGGUGACCUUUUCCAGCUCCGUAGGGGUGGUGGUGCCCUGCCCGGCUGCGGGCUCCCCCAGCGUGGCCCUUCGAUGGUACCUGGCCACAGGGGACGACAUCUACGAUGUGCCACACAUCCGACAUGUGCAUGCCAAUGGGACACUGCAGCUCUACCCCUUCUCCCCUUCCGCCUUCAAUAGCUUUAUCCACGACAAUGACUACUUCUGCACCGCGGAGAAUGCUGCCGGCAAGAUCCGGAGCCCCAACAUCCGCGUCAAAGCAGUUUUCAGGGAACCCUACACCGUGCGGGUGGAGGAUCAAAGGUCAAUGCGUGGAAACGUGGCCGUCUUCAAGUGCCUCAUUCCCUCCUCAGUGCAGGAAUAUGUUAGCGUUGUGUCUUGGGAGAAAGACACAGUCUCCAUCAUCCCAGAAAACAGGUUUUUUAUUACCCACCAUGGCGGGCUGUACAUCUCCGAGGUGCAGAAAGAGGACGCCCUCUCCACCUACCGCUGCAUCACGAAGCACAAGUACAGCGGGGAGACCCGGCAGAGCAACGGGGCCCGCCUCUCUGUGACAGACCCGGCCGAGUCCAUCCCCACCAUCCUGGACGGCUUCCACUCCCAGGAAGUGUGGGCUGGCCACACAGUGGAGCUGCCCUGCACUGCCUCGGGCUACCCUAUCCCUGCCAUCCGCUGGCUCAAGGAUGGCCGGCCCCUCCCAGCUGACAGCCGCUGGACCAAGCGCAUCACAGGGCUGACCAUCAGUGACCUGCGGACCGAGGACAGUGGCACCUACAUCUGUGAGGUCACCAACACCUUUGGUUCAGCAGAGGCCACAGGCAUCCUAACGGUCAUCGACCCCCUCCAUGUGGCCCUGACACCAAAGAAGCUGAAGACCGGCAUCGGCAGCACUGUCAUCCUCUCCUGCGCCCUCACGGGCUCCCCGGAGUUCACCAUCCGCUGGUACCGCAACACAGAGCUGGUGCUGCCUGACGAGGCCAUCUCCAUCCGCGGGCUCAGCAACGAGACACUGCUCAUCACCUCGGCCCAGAAGAGCCAUUCUGGAGCCUAUCAGUGCUUUGCCACCCGCAAGGCCCAGACGGCCCAGGAUUUCGCCAUCAUUGUGCUGGAGGACGGCACGCCCCGCAUCAUCUCGUCCUUCAGUGAGAAGGUGGUCAACCCCGGGGAGCAGUUCUCACUGAUGUGUGCUGCCAAGGGCGCCCCGCCCCCCACGGUCACCUGGGCCCUGGACGACGAGCCCAUCGUGCGGGACGGAAGCCACCGCACCAACCAGUACACCAUGUCUGACGGCACCACCAUCAGCCACAUGAACGUCACGGGCCCCCAGAUCCGAGACGGGGGCGUGUACCGGUGCACAGCGCGGAACUCGGUGGGCAGUGCUGAAUAUCAGGCGCGAAUAAACGUAAGAGGACCCCCCAGCAUCCGGGCAAUGAAGAACAUCACAGCAGUCGCUGGGCGGGACACCCUCAUCAACUGCAGGGUCAUCGGCUACCCCUACUACUCCAUCAAGUGGUACAAGGAUGCCCUGCUGCUGCCUGACAACCACCGCCAAGUGGUAUUUGAGAACGGGACCCUCAAGCUGACGGACGUGCAGAAGGGCAUGGACGAGGGGGAGUACCUGUGCAGUGUCCUCAUCCAGCCCCAGCUCUCCAUCAGCCAGAGUGUCCACGUGGCUGUUAAAGUACCCCCUCUGAUCCAGCCCUUCGAGUUCCCACCUGCCUCCAUUGGCCAGCUGCUCUACAUCCCCUGCGUGGUGUCUUCGGGGGACAUGCCCAUCCGCAUCACCUGGAGGAAGGACGGACAGGUGAUCAUCUCAGGCUCGGGUGUGACCAUCGAGAGCAAGGAAUUCAUGAGUUCCCUACAGAUAUCCAGUGUCUCCCUCAAGCACAAUGGCAACUACACAUGCAUUGCCAGCAAUGCUGCGGCCACCGUGAGCAGGGAGCGCCAGCUCAUCGUGCGUGUGCCCCCUCGAUUUGUGGUGCAGCCCAACAACCAGGAUGGCAUCUAUGGCAAAGCUGGUGUGCUCAACUGCUCGGUGGAUGGCUACCCCCCACCCAAGGUCAUGUGGAAGCAUGCCAAGGGGAGUGGAAACCCUCAGCAGUACCACCCAGUGCCCCUCACUGGCCGCAUCCAGAUCCUGCCCAACAGCUCUCUGCUGAUCCGCCACGUUCUAGAAGAGGACAUUGGCUACUACCUCUGCCAGGCCAGCAACGGUGUGGGCACAGACAUUAGCAAGUCCAUGUUCCUCACAGUCAAGAUCCCGGCCAUGAUCACCUCCCACCCCAACACCACCAUCGCCAUCAAGGGCCAGGCAAAGGAGCUGAACUGCACAGCCCGGGGAGAGCGGCCCAUCAUCAUCCGCUGGGAGAAGGGAGACACAGUUAUCGACCCCGACCGAGUCAUGCGGUACGCCAUCGCCACGAAGGACAAUGGUGACGAGGUUGUCUCUACAUUGAAGCUGAAGCCAGCUGACCGUGGGGACUCUGUGUUCUUCAGCUGCCAUGCCAUCAACUCAUAUGGGGAGGAUCGGGGCUUGAUCCAGCUCACUGUGCAAGAGCCCCCUGAUCCCCCAGAGCUGGAGAUCCGGGAAGUGAAGGCCCGGAGCAUGAACCUGCGCUGGACCCAGAGAUUCGAUGGAAACAGCAUCAUCACGGGCUUUGACAUCGAGUACAAGAACAAAUCAGAUUCCUGGGACUUCAAGCAGUCCACACGUAACAUCUCUCCCACCAUCAAUCAGGCCAACAUCGUGGACUUGCACCCAGCAUCUGUGUACAGCAUCCGCAUGUACUCCUUCAACAAGAUUGGCCGCAGCGAGCCAAGCAAGGAGCUCACCAUCAGCACAGAGGAGGCUGCUCCUGACGGGCCUCCCAUGGAUGUCACCUUGCAGCCAGUGACCUCACAGAGCAUCCAAGUGACUUGGAAGGCACCGAAGAAAGAGCUGCAGAACGGUGUCAUCCGGGGCUACCAGAUCGGCUACAGAGAGAACAGCCCUGGAAGCAAUGGACAGUACAGCAUCGUGGAGAUGAAGGCCACUGGUGACAGCGAGGUCUACACCCUGGACAACCUCAAGAAAUUCGCCCAGUAUGGGGUGGUGGUCCAGGCCUUCAAUCGGGCUGGGACAGGGCCCUCCUCCAGCGAGAUCAAUGCCACCACCCUGGAGGACGUGCCCAGCCAGCCCCCUGAGAACGUCCGGGCCCUGUCCAUCACUUCUGAUGUAGCUGUCAUCUCCUGGUCAGAGCCCCCUCGCAGCACCCUCAAUGGCGUCCUCAAAGGCUAUCGGGUCAUCUUCUGGUCACUCUACGUGGAUGGGGAGUGGGGCGAGAUGCAGAACAUCACCACGACGCGGGAGCGGGUGGAGCUGCGAGGCAUGGAGAAGUUCACCAACUACAGCGUGCAGGUGCUGGCCUACACCCAGGCCGGGGACGGCGUGCGCAGCAGCGUGCUCUACAUCCAGACCAAGGAGGAUGUUCCAGGUCCCCCUGCUGGCAUCAAAGCCGUCCCUUCAUCUGCUAGUAGUGUGGUGGUGUCUUGGCUCCCUCCCACCAAGCCCAAUGGCGUGAUCCGCAAGUACACCAUCUUCUGCUCGAGUCCUGGGUCAGGCCAGCCGGCUCCUAGCGAGUAUGAGACCAGUCCAGAGCAGCUGUUCUACCGGAUCGCCCACCUGAACCGGGGGCAGCAGUACCUGCUGUGGGUGGCAGCCGUCACCUCUGCUGGCCGGGGCAACAGCAGCGAGAAAGUCACCAUCGAGCCUGCCGGCAAGGCCCCAGCAAAGAUCAUCUCAUUCGGGGGCACUGUGACGACACCCUGGAUGAAGGACGUCCGACUGCCUUGCAAUUCGGUGGGAGAUCCAGCACCCACUGUGAAGUGGACCAAGGACAGCAGCGAGGACUCUGCCAUCCCCGUGUCUAUGGAUGGGCACCGGCUCAUCCACACGAACGGCACCCUGCUGCUGCGCGCUGUGAAGGCGGAGGACUCUGGCUACUAUACCUGCACAGCCACCAACACCGGUGGCUUCGACACCAUCAUCGUCAACCUUCUGGUGCAAGUUCCCCCGGAUCAGCCCCGCCUCACUGUCUCCAAAACCUCCGCUUCGUCCAUCACCCUGACCUGGAUUCCUGGUGACAAUGGGGGCAGCUCCAUCCGAGGUUUCGUGCUGCAGUACUCAGUGGAUAACAGUGAGGAGUGGAAGGACGUGUUCAUCAGCUCCGGCGAGCGCUCCUUCAAGCUGGACAGCCUCAAGUGUGGCACGUGGUACAAGGUGAAGCUGGCAGCCAAGAACAGUGUGGGCUCUGGGCGCAUCAGCGAGAUCAUCGAGGCCAAGACCCACGGGCGGGAGCCCUCCUUCAGCAAAGACCAACACCUCUUCACCCACAUCAACUCUACACAUGCUCGGCUUAACCUGCAGGGCUGGAACAACGGGGGCUGCCCCAUCACAGCCAUUGUGCUGGAGUACCGGCCCAAAGGGACCUGGGCCUGGCAGGGCCUCCGGGCCAACAACUCGGCAGAGGUGUUUCUCACUGAACUGCGAGAGGCCACGUGGUACGAGCUGCGCAUGAGGGCUUGCAACAGCGCCGGCUGCGGCAACGAGACCGCCCAGUUCGCCACCCUGGACUACGAUGGCAGCACCAUCCCACCUAUCAAGUCUGCUCAAGGGGAAGGGGAUGACGUGAAGAAGCUGUUCACAAUUGGCUGCCCAGUCAUCCUGGCCACGCUAGGGGUGGCACUGCUCUUCAUUGUACGCAAGAAGAGGAAGGAGAAGAGGCUGAAGCGGCUCCGAGAUGCAAAGAGUUUGGCAGAAAUGUUAAUAAGCAAGAACAACCGAAGCUUUGACACCCCUGUCAAAGGGCCCCCUCAGGGCCCCCGGCUACACAUUGACAUCCCCAGGGUCCAGCUGCUCAUCGAGGACAAGGAAGGCAUCAAGCAGAUUGGAGACGACAAGGCCACCAUCCCUGUGACGGAUGCUGAGUUCAGCCAAGCUGUGAACCCACAGAGCUUCUGUACUGGUGUCUCUCUGCAUCAUCCCGCCCUCAUCCAGAGCACGGGACCCCUCAUUGAUAUGUCUGACAUCCGGCCGGGAACCAAUCCAGUGUCCAGGAAGAAUGUGAAGUCAGCCCAUAGCACCCGGAACCGGUACUCAAGCCAAUGGACCUUGACAAAGUGUCAGGCUUCCACACCUGCCCGCACCCUCACCUCCGACUGGCGCACCGUGGGCUCCCAGCAUGGUGUCACCGUCACCGAGAGUGACAGCUACAGUGCCAGCCUGUCCCAAGACACAGACAAAGGACGGAACAGUAUGGUGUCCACCGAGAGUGCCUCUUCCACCUACGAGGAGCUGGCCCGGGCCUAUGAGCAUGCCAAGCUGGAGGAACAGCUGCAGCACGCCAAGUUUGAGAUCACCGAGUGCUUUAUCUCAGACAGUUCCUCUGACCAGAUGACCACAGGCACCAACGAGAACGCCGACAGCAUGACGUCCAUGAGCACACCCUCAGAGCCUGGCAUCUGCCGCUUUACCGCCUCCCCACCCAAGCCCCAAGAUGCUGACCGGGGCAAAAACGUGGCUGUGCCCAUCCCUCACCGGGCCAAUAAGAGUGACUACUGCAAUCUUCCCUUGUACCCCAAGUCAGAGGCCUUCUUCCGGAAAGCAGAUGGGCGUGAGCCCUGCCCUGUGGUCCCACCCCGAGAGGCCUCCAUCCGGAACCUGGCUCGAACCUACCACCCCCAGGCUCGACACCUGACCCUGGACCCUGCCAGCAAGCCCUUGGGCCUCCCACACCCAGGGCCCACCACUGCCACCGCCACAGCCACCUUACCUCAGAGGACUCUGGCCAUGCCAGCUCCCCCAGCUGGCACAGCCCCCCCAGCACCCGGCCCUACCCCUGCUGAGCCCCCUGCUCCCCCCAGCACUGCCCCUCCAGCCCCCAGCACUGAGCCUCCUAGGGCGGGGGGCCCACACACCAAAAUGGGGGGCUCCAGGGACUCACUCCUUGAGAUGAGCACAUCAGGGGUAGGGCGGUCUCAGAAGCAGGGGCCCGGGGCCUACUCCAAAUCCUACACCCUGGUGUAGGGCACCUUGAGAAGAGCAGCCCCAUGCUUGGACUUCUGCACCGUCAGGCCUCACACACCAGCUCGGCCGUUUCCUGCAUUAUUUAUAUUAAACCGACAGACAAAAACCAACCAACAACAACAACAAUGACAACAAAAACCCCAAGUCAUGAACACUUGUACAUAGAACUCUUUUGUACAAAUGAAACUAUUUUCUUCUUCUCCAUGAAGCCAGGGCACAAAGAACUUGACCAUACAAGUCGAAUCCCCCACCCCACAAAAUACGUGUGCAGAGAUAUAUACAUAUAUAGAGAGAACACACCGAAAAUCUAUAUAUCAAUAUAUUUCUCACACUUUCUUUCAAGACAGAGGCACAAAGACAGCAAUUGUUCCCCUCCUACUCACCCCCAAAUCUAGGUGGUUUUGACAAAGACCAAAAUCCCAACUCAGAGACACUGCAUGCGAUUUUACUGUUCCAAGAAAACCAGGAGUUGCUUCAAUUUGCAGAUGCUUAUGUGUUAAUACCUUUUUCUAUGAAAAAAGACCCAGCGCCGUGUGCAAUAAAGGUUAUGUUUCUACGUGGUGGCUUUUUUCCCAUCUGGCAAGUGUCAGUGGGGAGGGCAGAGAGACUUUUGUACCAGGCCUGGGCUUUGGCUCAGCACUUGAAGCUUUGUAAAAGGCUUUCAGUUAGCUAAGGUUCAUCCACUGAGCACCCUAAGGGGGACCAGCUCUGCAGCAUUCAGCCAGCAUAAACCCCUCUGAGCCAGUUGCUUUAUCUGUAAAUCGAAAGAAGCUGUAGCUCAUGAAGUGAGGCCACCU